CUGCUACUUAAGAGGAAUUGAGAUUGACCUAUCCACGAAGUUCAGACACUGUCUUGAAGGACUUUGGAAAAAAGAAAAGUUCAGGCAGAUUCUGCUGUCAUACCCACGGGAUGCCAGCCAUUGAUCUUUUCUCUUGUGGUCAUCUUUCUCAAGAUUUUUUCUGUCUUCAUGAGGAAAAGUCAGAAGGGGAAAGGAUAGUGACCAAGUGUCUUAUAAAUUAUUCUCAGGACCCAGUGACCUUUGACGAUGUGGCUGUGGAAUUCACCCAGGAAGAGUGGACUUUGCCGGAUCAAAUUCAGAGAAGGCCAUACAGAGAUGUGGUGCUGGAGAACUACAAGAAUCUAGCUUCAAUAGAUUGGGAGAUUUGUCUUAAUUCCAAAUGGUCAGCACCUCAGCAGAAUAUUUUGCAGGGGAAAACACCCAGUGUGGUAGAAAUGGAAAGAAGCCAUAUUGGAGAGGAAUUGUUUAAUUUUAACCAUUGGGAAAAGGCCUUCAGUGAACAUUCCUGCUUUAAGAUUUACAGAUUACUCACAUUAGAAAAUUUGUGAGUGCAGGGUGUAAAAGCCUUCACAACUCUGCUCUUAAUGUACACAACAAAACCCAUAAUAGAAGCCUUAUAAGUGUAAUCAGUGUGAAACCAUCUUCAGCCAAAAUCCACAUCUGGUUCACAAGAAAACUUAGAAGAAACUGACUAUGGGAAAAGCAUUCCUUCAUCCUCACACCGUAAUGUAAGAAUUCAUAGAAUUCUAUGAAUUCAUAGAAUUCAUAGAGGCUGUAUGCCUUUGAGGAAUGUAGGAAAGCCUUUUCUCAUUCUGCAGGCUUUUUUGUACGUAUGCAAGUUAACAGAAAAAAUCCUACACAUUCUUUAGAUGUGGGAAUACCUUUAUUUGAUCUUCAUGUCUUAAUUCAACAUUUAAGAACUCAAAGUGGAAAAAAAAAAAGAACUCAAAG